CUCCUCUCUCCUCCUCUCGCACACCCAACCCUUUCCACGACCAACACCACACCCAGGAGCGCGCCAGAUCGACUCGAAUCCCAUCCGCCGGUCGUUUGCUGAUCAAUUUAAGACCUGGUCAUCUUGAAUAUUCCCCAGUAUCCUCCACUCCCCACCGCUCCUCAUCGCAGCACACUGAACCGCCAAUUCCACCCGGACGACGACUUCAAAUGCCUCGAUAGCCAACACAACGGCAUCUCUUUCGACCACUGGUAAGUCUUGCUCAUUCCUAUACUUUAUGCGAUCGAGUAAAGAGACCAAUCUGCCUCCCAUCGUGCCUGUGGUCCUGACCGCACUUCUCCUGUCCUGCUGCGAUCGGUAGAAGCGCCCAUUUCACCGUCCAAGGACCACAAUUCCAUCAUACCUACUCCUGCUCCAUCGUACAACCCCUAAAUCUCAUCAUCAACUUGACAAGAGUCAAUGCUAACAAUACUUUCGAACCAGACCCCAAGACAAGUUGACAUUCGUUCCGUCCUUGUCCCUUCACCCCAUUGACUUGCGACAUCGUCUCCUCCCCCGACAGUCACAACCACCACAUCUCUCUCCACCACACAUCUUUUGAUCGAAGACAUCUUCAGUCCAUCCAGACAGUCGUCUUAUACUUCUCGAGUACACAACUCAGAUCUGUUGCUGGGCGCGGCUUUAUCAAACGCAACCAAAUCAAGUUUAAGCCUCCUGCUUCCCCUCUCGCGCACAUUCGUACCCGACCCGGAGCACAAUGGCUGGAACGGAUAUGCGCACUGGGGCCCAAAGAAUGGCUACACCGCCAGCAACUUAUGCUGGUGGCCAGUCCAAUUCUACAACACCACACAAUUCAAAUAUGUCUCCUUUUGGUGGUGCGAGCCCGACUCCCAAGAGCGUCGCAUUCGAACUCCUCUUUCCCGAGUCACCCCAAUAUCGUGCGCGCCUACCUAUGCGAGUGCAGAUAUUCCCCCAUGACACUACCGAUUCCAUCGUGACCACUGUCAAGAACUUUUAUGGUCUCUAUGCCGGUCCCGGUGGUGCAAAGGGGGUGAGUUUCGAGGAUGAGCAGGGCAAUACCCUCAUCGCUCGUUAUGAAAACCUUCGAAACAACAUGGUAGUUUACGUUCGGGUCAUCGAGGAACCAACACAGCCUGCUGGUGAAUUUGGUCCUUCUCCAUAUCAACCGGGAGCAUCGGCAGGUCCAUCCGCCUAUUAUUCUGGUGGUGAUGGUAAUCAAAUGCCACCUCCACAGCCAGCACAGGCCCUCAAUUAUGGACAACCACUCUCUCGGCCGGCUUCGAGAACAUCGCGCAAACGCAGUGUCUCUCCAAACAGUCGCGGUCGCCGAAGCGAGUCUGCUAGUACAAAUCCUCCAGUGAUGAAGAAGAAUCGCUCACGUUCUGGCUUCAAGAGUCGUGGGUCCAGCACACAUGGCGGCUUCCCAGACGUUCACAGCGAUGGCUUGAAUGGAUACAGCAGUGGAGACGGCGCUGCUGGAUCUGUUACUAGCAGCAGAACCAAGAGUGAGCACAUUGGAAAUACUGAGAUUAGUCUGGACAACAUUGUUGAAGGUGGCCGUCGCAAGAGAGCCAAGUUUGAGAGCUCAGUGAGUGACAACAAUUCAACAGCGCAAGAGAUAAAUGCUAACAGACACACCCCAGGAGCUACCACUAUUUGCCCCUCCACAAAUGCCAGCAGCAGCUUCAAACUCCUCUGCCUCCCCAGCACGCCGUAUGGAACAUCAUCGAGCCUCUCUUCCCUUCACACAUCCCUCACAGCACCCUUUCUCGAACCCACAAGCCCUACAAUCUCCUCAGAGCUAUAGCAAUGGAUUUGGACAGCCUGGCAUGUACUCGACACCAGCUGCUCAAAACCGUCGUACUCGCGGAGCGGGAUACCCCAACCGCCAGUCUAUUGGUACCACACCAAACAGCUCCGGUAUCCUUCCCACCCCAGAGCCAACGGUCGGCAGUUGUAUGUCAGAAGAAGACAAAGAUGUCGCUUUGCAAUUGAUGAGACUUGGUGAAAUGUCCAACAUCUCCCACGGUCGCACAUCCGCUUCCACACUUGAUGAUACCUUCAGUGGUAAGGCGGAUGCUGCUUCUUCAACCGGUGCUACGAGUGAGGAAGAAAGCGAUAGUGAGCCUGAGCUACCACCUGCACGUCGCCAGAAGCGUGAAGCUAGCCCAAUCCUACCCCCAGGUGCCAUCAAGAGAUUCCGCCCACAUCUUGACGAUAUCUUGCCCAGUCAGGAUAGCACAGAGCCCAGUGGAGAUGAGGCUGAUUAUGAAUUCAACCCUGCCAAUAACGAUGAAGGCCUUGACGAGGUUACUUCAAAGUCCAGCAUGCCCAAGUCAAAGAGUAUGCCAACUGUCAUGGGCAAGCCACGUAUCAGUGCUUCUGGAGCCAAGGUCAACAAGUCCGUCAAAGCCAAGACCCCACGUCCUAGCCAGACUGUCAAGUCAAAGAAAGCAAGCAGCGUUUCUGGUGGUGGUGCUAAGCCCAUCUCUCCAACCUCUUUGCCAUCUCAAUCCCGCAAAACUUCAAAUGCUUCGGCGAUGGGUUCUCAACAACUCGGUGAUGACGAAGAGGAUCUGUCAUCCAAACCUCGUUGCCAACGUUGCCGAAAGAGCAAGAAGGGCUGUGAUCGUCAACGUCCAUGCCAACGAUGUAAGGAUGCAGGACUCAGUGCCGAUCAAUGCGUCAGCGAAGACGAGGGCAACGGUCGCAAAGGACGUUAUGGACGCCACAUGGGUGUUCCUGUCAAGAAGGAAGAUCUUGCUGUUGAAACUCCCAUACUUCCGGGUAUCAUGGCUGGCGGACAAGGAAGCCCAGACAAGAACAAGAAGAGAAAGCGAUAAAUUCAAUUAUUACUUCUUCUUGGCCCACUCCGAAGACCCGAUCAACAAAGCAACAAUUUCUUUGUGUGUAUCAACGAAUUUGUCUUUUACAUUCCGCCUAUACAUUUCCAUCGCCUCUCGGUGCUCUCGACAAAAGCGAUUCGUUCUUCAUCGACUCUACAUUGAACAUCCUCACAUAUUUGACCUCUCCUGCUGCUUCGGCGUUGGGGAAAUCUUGAUUGUUUUUCGCGAAUCAUAACAGCAUGGCGUCAAAUGUUUUUUUUCAGUACCUUUUCCUCUUGAGGGUUUCCUUAUUGUAAUUGGUUUUCUUCACGGCAGCGAGCCCGUUGGUAUAUCUGACCUUGUUGAAGCAUUGAGCGCGGGGAACAGGAUCAAAGACUACACUCCUUUUUUUUUAUUGAUGACUUGAUGGAUGAUUACAACUCUGACGAUUUUUCUUUUCUUUUUCUUCUUUUCACUCGCUUGAUUCUUGGUUCAAGUUUGCCCUUUGGUUUCUACUACUUGAUGGUACUUGAACUUUGAACUCUGAACUCCACCCUUUUUUUCUUGUCACCUUCUUUACUUUUCUCUCUUGUGCUUUUUGUUGCCUGCCUAGUCUUGGCUUCCUCGCAAAUCGUACGUCCUACUGCUGACCUUUUUAAUCUAACUGUUUUCAUUUCUUUUGUCGUCUUGUUUUUUUCCUUGAGGUUGUUGUGUUUCUCGGAUCUGGGUGGGUGGGUGGGUGGAUCAUCUGAAUUCGUUCGACGGAUUUUAGUCUGUGAGUACAGUUCUGGGUGGAUGGGUGGUUUGACUGCUAUCGAGUGUGGGGUUGUGUCUAGAAGGGAACGGAGGAUCUGGAAAUGAUGGGUGUCAUAACAACUUCUUUUUCUUUUUUACGUACACUUGGUAGCUAGCUAGCUUCACUUUGAUA